AUGUACAUUUUGAUAUAUAAUCUAAGUUUAUAGAUGAUUCAUUCUUUUACAAGAACAUUUUUAUCAAUCUACAUAAUCUUCCGAUUUCCAUAUAUUCACCUUGAAAUAGUACAUGUAAUGCUAACUUUUGAUUUUAUAAUUAUCUAUUUAUUAUUCCAAAUCGAUAGAAAAAAUAAAAUCUAAUGUUUUUUAGCAAAGGAUUAUUGGUGGAGGUAAGAAUUCAUUGAUUUUUAAGAGCUUUAAUUAUAUUUAUGAUUUAGGAAAUAUCAGUUAAUACAGUUUAUGCUGUUUAUACUUGGUAAGAAGUCUUUACUUGGUUCUCGGUGUAUUUUUUAAUAUUAUGUUAUGUUUUAUGGGAAUGCUAAAUGAUUAGAUACAGACAACAUAUAAACUUUUACUUUAACGCUUUUUAUUUGGGUCAAGCCUAUUUGGAUAGUGAUAUCUUGUUUCCUUGUUCCUUGUUAAAGUUAUUUAAGCAUUGA